AUGACUGUCACUGGUAAUGUGUUACACCCUUGCUAUGUGUCAGAUAAUACAACUAUUGUAUUUACAAGCAAUGUUUCAAUAACAUGCAUUUUGUUGUAUAUUUACCUUGGUUCACUGUCUGUGGUCACAAUAUGUGGAAACCUUCUUGUUAUCAUUUCUAUCAUUUACUUCAAACAGCUGCACUCUCCUACAAACUACCUGAUUCUCUCUCUGGCUGUGGCCGACCUGCUCGUUGGUGUUGUAGUCUUCCCGUUCAGCAUGGCGUUCACAGUCACCUCUUGUUGGUAUCAUGAGGAUUUUUUCUGUAAAAUCCGGGGCAGCUUUGAUGUAACGUUGAGUACAGCUUCCAUUUUAAACUUGUGCUGUAUUUCUAUUGACAGAUAUUAUGCCGUAUGUCAGCCCCUGACUUAUAAAAGUAAAGUGAAUAAUAAUGUUAUCGGGUUGAUGAUCCUGGUGAGCUGGGGAAUCGCUGCCCUGAUCGGAGUUGGCAUCACAGUAGCAGGUUUCAAUCAAGGCAAAUGUGAGGGGAGUUGUUUGAUGGAUGCACUGAUAUCGACCACCCUGGCGUGUAUUUUUUCCUUUUACAUCCCCGUCAUUAUCAUGCUUUGUAUCUAUCUAAAGAUUUUUCUAGUUGCACAGAGACAGGCAAACACAAUUCAGAACACAACCGGUCAGUCUCUGAAGUCUGGAGCUGCUGUUAGUAAAAUGGAGAGGAAGGCCACCAGAACCCUGGCUAUAGUGAUGGGGGUUUUUAUCUUAUGUUGGACUCCUUACUUUCUCUGUAUCAUCUUUCAGCCUUUAACAAACGAUGACACACCAGUAGCUGUGAUUGAAACACUCAACUGGCUUACUUUGUCCAACUCAAUGCUCAAUCCGUUUAUCUAUGCUUUGUUUUACAGUUGGUUUAGAUCGGCUAUUCGGAUCAUCAUUUCUGGGAAGAUAUUCCAAAGUGAUUGUGCAAACACAAAACUCUUUUGA